AUGGUGUGCCCAGCCGUGAUGCCAUGCGGUGGCGUCCAGGUGACAGGACUCCAUGAACUGCAGCGCGCCAUCUGCACUCCGUAUGUACGGGUAGCGCAACCGCAGCCGGCCAAGAACACGGGAAGCCAGCCCAUGGAUGUGGAGACACCAGAAGUUGGGGCUCGUUUGGCCCGAGCUGCCAAGGCAUGGAGAGCUCGUGGCCAGGCCACCGGGAUUCCGGGUCUGGCAGUCUUUGCUGCAAAUUGGGCUGCGCGAUUGGACCUGACAUCUGCCGAUGGGAUAUUGGGGGGACUUUCUCCAUGGGCAUCUUCGGGCACCGGCAAUACAAUUCCAACAUCGCCUGCUCAGCUCUCCAUGCCCAGCACCGAGACCCGGCUCCGCCAGUGGAGCGGCUUUCCUCGCUCGCCUCGCGAGAAUUCUGCCGACGCAGCGGUCUCCAGCAGCACCGGAACACGUCAAGUGUUCUUUGCUUUCCGGGUUAGGAAAGGAGGUGUCGGCUUGGGAAUCAUCACGAGUACUCCCAGGCACAAGGACCCCGAUCCCAUCGUUCCACUAUGGGGUCAUGCCGCGCGGCUCUCUUUCAUAGAUGGGAUGUCAACCGAAGAGGGAACCAUUGUGCGCGACAUCCGGGCUCGCGGCCGUUGUUGCCCUGGGGCUGUCGGUCGCUUCCGGGUUGCGCUAACUGACCAUGUAAUAUCUUCCCGUUCCCGUGGAAUGCCGGGAUCGCUCGUGCAGGACCGCCAGCCAGGGACUGGCCUCCUUGUCAAGAUUAACGACCUACCAGGAUAG